AUGCACUUUGCAGAUGCAGGCCGAGAUGCCGAGGGGAGCAGCGGGCCCGGGUCGUCUGAUGAAGAAGACGGUAGCCAAAGCAGCCGUUGGGCACGCGGAGGCCAAGGCCAGGACCAGGGCGACAGCCGGGACGCAGCUGGCGCAGGAAGCUCGCUCGGCGCACGCGACGGGGGCUGCAUCGGGAGCGACAUGGUCGGCUCCUGCUCUGGGACCAGCAGUGACGAGGAAGACAGCAGCGAUGGCAGCGAGGAGGGUGACAGAGACGCGGCGCUGCCCCUUCCAGAGGCGGCAUCAGCGGCGGUGUCCCGGCCCACAGCCCCCACAGGAGUGCGCCUGGACCGCAGCAGCUGCAGGCUGUCUGCGGCACAGCGCGCAGGGCUACGGGCCAGGCUGGCAGCCGGGGUUCCGGUGGGGGGCAUCAAAGUACACAAGGCACCCUAG